AUGACGUCCCUGCCUGGCAGCAUUGGCUGGUCAAUAACAGGUGACAAGACCCUUGAUUUUGCCAGAAACCCAGCUGAAUUUAUUCAAAAGAACAUCAAGACAUGCAAGUCAAGAGUGUUUCAAGUAAGGGCUCUAAACAGGCCACAUGCUCUUGUAGCUUCAAACCAAGGAGUCAAGGAAAUUUUAGAAGGUAUUGAAGUUAAAAUAAUAUUUUUACAAUAAUUACUGAGCAAUUUCCCACACACAGACUGGUUGAGAGCCAUAGUUGAUGAGAUUAUAGACCUGAAAUUGAUGUGAUGUUUUGGCAAUUUGUUUUUCUGUUUCCAUAAUUUCACAAUUUUCUGAGAAACUGACUGAUAUGGACAUCGAAAACUGUCAAUGUUAUUCUAAAGGAUAAAGUGACAACAAUUUUCUAUGGUCUAUACUCUUAUUGACCAUAGAAAUCACUUCAAAUUAUUCAAAACUUUGCAGUGAAACCACUCGCCUGCAACUUACAGUCGGUUCCAAUUAAGUUUUGGACAUUUUGACGUCAUUUCAGAUCAAUGGUUGAUAAGUUGACUUGUUAAUUAAAAUUUACCUGAUUAUUGUUUUAAAGUGAAAUGCUUUGGAAGGUUCAUGUUUAUUUUCAAAGACCAUCUGCUAGCGUGGAUCUGCCUGCUAAAGUGGCAAUUAUAAUCAAAAAUUUGCCUGCCUAUAGUUGCUCAGUGGUUAGAGCAUCCAAACUAGGACUUGGAGGGUCAUGAGUUUGAAAUUUUUUUCUGACCUUUCUGAUGUUGGAUUCCUUCCUCUUCCAACUUAUAUUGAACAGUCUUGGUCUUGUACGCUGGUGGACAGCUGAUAAUGUCCCCUAUAAAGUCCACUAUGACUGACAGGAGUGUACUUUCAUGGUUUUUUCAAAUUUUGACAUGCACAAUUUAGGGAAAAAUCCAUCAAAACCACUGGAAAAGCACCUUAGUAAACUUGUGAAGUUUGAAGGCGAUACGUCUUAAGUGGGCAGAGAUACAGCUCCGCAAAGUUGCAAAAAUUUACAGAUGUUUGUAUGGUAGGGGGCACAAUUUUGCCCCCUACCAUACAUGUACAAAUGUCUGUAAAACUUUGCGACUUUAAGGAGUUAUACCUUCAUCAGUUUUCUACAAUGCACCUUCAAACUUGGCAAUGUUACUAAUUUAAAGGCACUCUUUCAGGUGUCAAAGUAGACAGAUUUUUCCAACUUGUCCAUGUCAAAAGUUGAAAAAAGGUGGAAAAAUCUAUUUGACCCUGCUCACCGUAGAGCUUCCAGUAGCUCAGUAGUUAGAGCAGCGGGUCAUGAGUUUGAUUCUUACCUGGAGCUCGAAAUUUUUUCUAAGCUUUCUGGUGUUAGAUUUCUCCUUCUUCCAAAUUUCUUAUUUUCAUUCACAGACAAGGCAGACCAGCUAGACAUGGGCUAUAAAGACUUUGGAUACAUGUACAGUUUGUAUGGAGACUUGGUAAUAUUCAACAGUGAUGAUGAGGCAUUACGGAUGAGAAAUGCCCUCCACCAUCUGUUUAGACCUGAAGAAGUGGCCCAUUUUAUGGGAGAAGUUGAGUUAGUUUCUUCUAGAUUACUAAACAGCAUUGAAGACAAGGAUAUUGUUUUUCCUUAUAAACUGUUCAAGCUUCUUACAACUGAGGUUUGUUUACAAUUAUUCCUGGGUUUGGAUGUUGAAGCUGCAAAAGGAGAAGCAGCGUCUAUCGCUGAGCUCACUAUAGCUCAUUGGCAUGGUGAGUAUUGCCAAAAUUUGGUACACAUUUCAUGUGGAUGUACAAUUGGUAAUAAAAUUAGUAACAUUAACAAAAUUUUUGCUAACUUAGAAAAGGGGAAAUAAUGCUUCCCCAUCCCCUCCAUGCAAUGUUGUGCUGCUGUUCAAGCUUUCUGUAGAAAACAACAAACACCCCAACUUUGAAUGGAGGGGAGGUGGAAGGGUUGUGGAUUGUUUUGUUCUCCUUAGUUGCCCCAUUUGAGGACAAAGUCUUAACAGUUUUAUCACUGAUUGUAGCUUUUGACCUAACCUGUUAUUUAAAUUAGAGAAUCACAUAGCUGAGAAUGUGAUUGCAGGGCUGUCGCUAACGGAGCUUUCCAUUUGUCAGAACUGACCGGCCAGCCCAUUCCCAUCGUAAAUUAUGUGAAUUUCAUUUUUAAUCAAAAUUAAUCAUCCAGAUCUGUCAAAUUCUAAAUAUUAUGCACAAAGGGGAUGGUUUUUCAGCAAAACCUCUUGGAAAAAGUCCAUUUCAUCGCCAAAAUGUCUGGUCUGACCAUGGUCUGGCCGGCCAGUUCUGACUUUUGGAAAGUGCCCUAAGAUUUUAAGUUGCCAGUGAGAUGUAGUUAGUAGGCAGGGAAUUGAGCAACUAGGAAGGUCUUUUGGUUCUAUUUUAUUGUUGUUGUUUUCAGUUUUAUAUUAAUGACGGUAGCUAGAGGUCAUGCUUAUGGUAGCUGGGAAAAAUCUCCAGCCCCCAGCUCUUAGUACAGUGACAGCCCUAUAAUUGGUAAAAUUUUAUUAAAGGCAAGUCGUGAGCAAUACAUCUGAUGUAGCUUUCUCAAGCAAACACUACAUACAAUAUUAUUCAUGUAUUAAGAAAAAAAUAAAAGUGGUAUCUAAUUUUGUAAUUUUGUUUUUUGUCAUUUUUGUAUCAAAAGACGAACGAUUCAAGAGAAAAUCAUUGUUCUACUAAAUUUCACCAUACAUGCAAUAUAGAAUGACUUUUCCUGCAUUCCAGUGAACAAAGGUACCAACUUAAGGCUUAGGUUGACAAAAUACAAGUCACUCAACUCACAUCCUGGUUUUAUUGUGUGUGCUAAUUGGACAGGUUAAAUAGUUAUUUAUAACAGUCUAUUAGAGUUCAAAACUGAACUGAUGAGCUUGACCUUGGCCUUUAUAAUGAUUACCGGUAUAUUACAAUGUGUUUCUUUCUUCUCUCGUUUAAAGGACUUAUCUCUGUUCCUGUGAAUUUUAAUGUGUAUGGCUAUAAAUCAGGAUACACCAAAGCAAUGUCAGCAAAGGUAUAAAACAUGUAAAAUAGUCAGUUCACUCAAUUUUUGCUCGUGUUGUUGUACCAAUACUUACCUUAUUUCAGUGCAAAAAUUAUGUACAAAGUGAUUACAUCUGCAUUAUUCUAAGGAAUUUUAGCUUAAAAACAAGUUGUUGAGGUGCAAUUAACAUAAAGACAAACUUAUGACAACUGUGAUACAUUUUGUGAUGGCUUUGAAAUGGGGUGUUACUAUAGGUUUUAUAUGUUUCAGUAACAUGUUCACCCUGCAACCUUCCUUUUGCUUGUUCAAAUUUGGUGUACUCUAGAAGGAAUCAAGGAAGAUCUUUGUUGAGCAUACACUGCAUGUUGCUAGGAUAACAGUUUGAACACAGGUCCAAUGGCAGUGCACUUGGUAUAGUGGCACAUCUCCAAAAAUUGAGAAUUGAUGGGAAAGGGAUGAUAGAUGACGUCAUAAUGCAUGGCACAUGACAUCAUUUGUGCAAAAAAUAGUCAUUAACUCAGAUAGUCACAAAUUUGCGAUGACACAAAACUUGUGAAAAAGACAUUGUUAGCAUUGCAACAUUUGAUCUGAUUGGUUUACUUUCCACCAGUCACAUUGUUUCAUAUAUUACAAUGGCAUACCGGAGUUUAUGAGGAAACGUUCGAUGUUAACAAUAAAAUAGCUCAAACAACGCAAAGUAGUGGGCAUUUUAUUGUCGGAAAGUCAAGUCUACUGAAGAAAUGGCAAACGCCGUUUUUAUCAGGAGAUACGGUCCAAAAUCUGGAGUCUCCCUGAUUAUCCGGGAGAGAUGACAGUUCUGCAGUAGGCUCAGUUAUGAUCAUCGGUUUAUCAGUAAAAGGCUGCUUGCACUAAAAAAAACCCAGUUUGAUGAGAGGAAACAAGAUUGACUAGUCCAGAAGUUCAGAUUGUGGGCAGAGCAUCAACUGCUCCUCCUCACUCAAGAAAUCAAAAGGAGACUCUGCCUGCAGGGUGUAACAUAUGCCCAAUAACAGCUAACUGUUAAAGGCUGGGGUAUCUCAGGCUGCACCCUGUGAACAGUGCCUCCUUUUGGCUUCUUCUUGUUCGAGGAGGGAAAAAGGAAGCUUCUGCCAGAAUUCUGUCAAAACUUUGAGGUCACCACAGCACGAACUGCUGGACCAGAUGAUCUUGUGAGCAUCUGUUUAGUGAUAAACUGAAUUUGCUAUACCAAGGGUGAGGCUACUAGGCCUGGGUUCAAAAAUGUAUCCUAGCAACAUGCAGUGCAUUUUCAACAACGAUCUUACUCAAUUCAUGAGCAGAGUCUUUCUCAAGUAAAUCAAAACUGAGCAAGUGGAAGAAAGGCUUAGCUGGAAAGAUACCCUUAGACUGGGAGCAAGCUCUCUGGAGCACCCUGGCCGCGGGGCGAUACCCCUCGAAGAGCUUGCUCGCAGCCUAAGAUACCCAGCUGCAACAUCUUAUGAAUUAAUGGAAAAUGGGGAAAUGGCAGUUUCCUAAUAGUUUCGUUAAGUCCAGAUGACAAUGCGAGAUGGUAGAGGACCAUUUUGGUGAAGUGCAACUGGCAUCCUUUCAUGGCCUUUAUGGUAGAAUUUCACUUAUUGGGCAAAUCUCAUACCCAGGUCUCAUACGGUCAGAUAGAAACAGACAGGUUGAGAUCUGGGUACAACAUUAACUUUAGCCUCAACUGCAGGCUGGUUACAGAUUACUUCCGGCAGUGUAAACACAUGUAUGGCCACUUGAUGGAAAGCAAACUAUGGUAUUUUGGUGGGUCUCAGUCCAGUUUUUACGAUUUCUAACGAGCUUUCCUUAAAUUUCUCAUUGUCAGAAUCGUCUUUUGACCAUCAUCAAUAAACGUCUAGCAGAGGAGAAACACUGGUAAGUCAGUGAAGUGGAUGAAGUAAUCAAAGUUGACGUCGUGAUUCCUGACACAUGUACUACACAUGAACACCAUGUGUUCGCCCCCAACAUUUGCCAAAAAGUAGCAAAAGUCUUUUGAAGCUAGUCAUUCACGUGGUACAAAAUCGCCAUGUUGGAGAGCAAAGACAGAAAAAACAAACAGCUCAUUAUUUUAUACUGGUAAUUUCCUUUGUUGUCUUGUCCCAGUUUCCCCACCCUCUCCAGUAUUGCGGUUUUGUACCACGUGGAUGACUAUAGUGUAACUGAAGGGCGCAAUAGCCCUUUUUAGCUUGUAUGUUUUGUUUUUCCAAUUUAAACCACGUGAUGUUCUCCAGGGAAUUAACAGCAACAACUAGCAAAAGGCAAGCCAGUUGGUCGUUUACAAAUGUGACCAAAGGGUUGACAAAGGCCGGGUGUGCUAAAUCAGUCAUGUUUUAGUUACAAUGAAGCGUUACGAACGAAGGAAGGAAAUUCGCUGUCGCUAUUGAGAACGCGUUCUGAGAUUAUCGGCUUCCCUGUACACUUAAGCUACGUGCAAACAGACGCAACAACUCCCAACGAUGUUGGCCCGAGUGGGGGUUGAUUGAUAAGUGUUGGCAGUGGUGUGCAAACGGAUGCAACUACUCCCAAGAACAUGCUACAAGAUACUUGCAACAGGGUGUGCAAACGUACCCAACAUGCAACAUCCAAUAAUGUUGCGUCCGUUUGCACGGGGCUUUAUUGUAAGUUUAAGUGUGAAUUCAUAAACAAUGAUAGCUUUUUUCACUUUGUUUUAGCUUUCUUAAUGCCAUCAGGGAAGCAGAAUUUAAAUCCAAGGCUGAAAUGGCAAAUCACCUUUUGUUAUUUGUAUCCGCGUUGGUCCCAAAAGCCUUAGCGUCAUUGAUGACGUCAUUCUGCAUCGAACUUGCAAAACCGGAAAAUGUAAGUAAAAUAAUCGUCUAUACAAUGAAGAUAUUGUCAUCGAAUGCUUUUUAUCCAUCUUUUCCCUUCUUUUAAGUUUUUCAUUUCUUUACGUACAACCCUCGGUAACACACCGAUACCGGCUUGAGUUAACAUGUUGGCGUUCGCUGGCUACGCAAGUGUUUGUCACCUGAAUCGCCCCAAGUAAAGGAAUCCAAGACAGUCUUGGAUCUGGAUUCCACGCCGGGAACAGUAGAACUUUGAUUCCGCAUUCCUAUCGAUAGUGGAAUUGUGGAUUCCUUGAGCUGUAUUCCGGAUUCCAAAGCCAAGGAUUCAGGAUUCCGCAACAACAAUUUGCUGAAUAUCGGGAUUCCACAAGCAAAAAUUUCCCGAGAUCCAGAAUUCGUAUUCCCUUACAUGGAGUAACCUAAACGCCCAAAGUAAAACCAAAAUCUGCACUUCAUACCCCUAGACGAGACGACGAGCAUCCGUGCCUUCUCUUUCGAGUACGUACUACUACUACAUGUAUUUUCUUGUAAUUUUUGUCUAAUCUGCAUGAAAAAAUGUAAAUUUACGUGUAGGCUAACAGCAUUUUUAUACAUUUGCAUUAUGAUUUUCUAGGUUGAAAAACGCCUUCGGGCAGCUCAAGAUGAUAGAUAUUUAGAAAAUGUGCUGUUGGAAGUGAAACGACUCUGGCCGCCGUUUUUAGGGGGGCGAAGACUUGCAAAACAGGUAAGCACUGAGAUUUAUUCCUUUAAGUUUUGAUUUUUGAUACUUAAGGAUACAUUGUUGAGUUUUGCUCUCAAUGCGUUUCGCUUCUGACCGGCGACCUUUUAGCGCCACGGUCCAUGAAGGUGGUCCGUUUUUCAUUAAUGCGAUCGUAUCCCUACACGAUCGGAUCGAGAUUUGGUUGCUUGUGUGAAGACGUAGGGAUGUGAAUAUGAUCCCCUAAUGAAGAUCCCGUAACCCCGAGUUACUAGCGACUCCCAUACUGAGCCUAUGUCACGGCGUUUUUACGGACUGGUUUAGUUUUAGAUACACGGUUUGCGGGGCUAAGAAGAUAUUCUAAUUUCUUGCCAAAAUUAUUGUAAAACAGUCGGUGAAAACGCCGUGAUAUGAGUACAUGAAAUUACUCGCUCCAGGUAAUGAGCUCCUGCCCCGGCCUAAUAUUAGGGAGCUUACGCAACUACGAUGGCAACGGCUACAAAAACGUCACUUAAAAAGUAAAUUCGCGCUGCUUCAAACUUUAUCGCGCUAAUUCCAACUCGUUUUAUUCGUGAUAUGUUGGAAAUUUUCGUUUUGGAGUUGAAUUCUAAAGGAUUGUACUACAGUUCAGGAAAAGAAAAGAAAAGUUGUUGUCUUCUGUUGCCGUCCUCGACAAAACGUGAAAUUAGGAAGUUUCACUUUGUAGUCGUGCAACCACGGCUAAAAAAUGUACAAAAAUUGAAAAGCUUGUUGCACGUGCAGAGUUGUUGUUUUGCCAAUCUAAACCCAUUGCUUUUAUGCCGUUCUCGUUGGCGUCGCCGUCGUCUUUGCUUAAACUCCCUAUUCUAAUUUUAGAAGACGCCUGAAAAAGUCAAUACCUGUAAAUACCGAGUGGACGCGUGACGACGUCUUAAGAACGUCUGUAUGGGAGGUUAUGGAGCUGGCCUUUGGGUGUUAAAAUUUUGUGUUCAUUUUUUGUUUGUAGGAAGUUAUUAUAGAUGGUUAUAAAGUUCCCGCUGGCCACUAUGUUGGAUUUCUUACAAGAGCAGCUAACUGUGAUCCUAAGAUAUUCCCCGAGGCAGAAAAGUUUCUACCCGAACGAUGGGAUACUUGGUGAGCUAUUUUUUCUUAUUUCUGUUGGCAAAUAAUGGAGAUAGAAUUGCUGUGAAACCGAGUUUCGCGAGGGUUAUUGCGAGAUACGUAUUUCAAGUAUAUAUUUGUGAACUGUUCGAACAAACAGCACUCCGUGAUUGGACAGACAGUUCAAAAUAUCUUCACACGUCUAACGUCACGCGCGCUCUUUACUACUUACUGCGCCAGUUUGAGGACGUUAAAUUCAUGGGCCAUUUUAUGAAGAAAGAACUUGUUUCAUGGGGUGAUUUUCUAAGCCGUUGGAAAUUUUUGACAAUAUUGAAUUUAGCUAGUUCCUCUUGAACACUUCUCUAGUGUUAUUAAAGAAAGUUUCAUGUGCUUUUGUAAAAAAGUCCACGACGCCCUGGCCACGGUUUUCUCUUAAUUCCUGUAUUAAAUAUCAAAAAGGUCUGAUAGCACUUUACGUGGGUCGUUAUAGUUAAUCCUCAGUAUAUCUAGAAAAUAGCAGCACAAUAUCUACCCGCUGGUUUGAAAAGUGACAGCGAAAUGGUCAAUUUGUAUCGCUGUUAAUCUUCACGUCUGUUUAUCGUCCGACCUUUUAGGUUCACAUACAGUUGCGUUUUUUGGUAGGGGAGAACAGUGGGGUGGGAGCCUGAAGAAUAGGGGGCGGGAGGGGUACGGAAGGCGUGAGAGGAAAAGGUGGAAGUGCAAGUCCUAAAAGGGUGGGAAGCGGGACAAAUAAGGGGAAAUUACGCAGCAAUACUAACUAUUUCGCAAUGAAGAAGCCAAGAAAAAAAGGGGCGGAAGCCCGGACUGCAUUGUAGGGGAGGUGGGAGGCUUGAACCCUUCCCCCUUCCCACACCCUGUUCCGUCCCCCUCCCCCUCUUCAUCACCAUCAUCAUCAUUAUCAUCACUUAUUUAUACACGGUAAAACAUCGGGCAAAUAUACAAUAUCCUAAAACGUAGUUACACACUAUCGAUUUAUUUCAUUAACACUAACUGCACAAACAGUAUACAACAUACUAACUGAUUGUCUGCGUUUGUUUUCAUAGUAACCAGCUUGACAAGGACCGCGUAUGGACGUUUGGUUCAGGUCCCCGGAUGUGCGUUGGACAUAAAUUCAUACAUAAGAUUAUCAAGGUCAGUUUUUAUUCUGAGUACCUUUUGCAAAAUUUGCUUAUUUUAUGAUUGCUAACAAUUCCUUGCUAGCAAUCUUUCGGAAUGGUCCGCGGGAGGAAAUAACGAAACUAAAUCCGUGUCUCUGGCACUUUGGCGCCUUCGCCAUUUACUUAGCUAGAGAAAACUGCCAGGCCAUGACUGGUUUCCCCAUUGAAUGACGUCUGAGCAGCGACUGCAGAAAUUCCAAACAGAUGACGUGAACUGCCCAUAUCUUGGUCAGGGUGGUUCUUCUGAUUGGCCUUGCCGCGAGAGAAAUCAGUUACUUAAACCAAUCAGAGGCACUAUCCCACAUAUACGUAACGGCACGUCAUCAGUAUGGAAUUUCUCUGCUCGUUCCUCGGGCGUCAUUUCGCGUGGCAUCGCGCAAUGUGGGCUGUAUUCUUAGGCUUCGACGCUUACGAUCCAGUGAAAUUCUUGUAAGCCGAAGCGGAAGUGGAAAAACUAAACAAAUCACAUGGCACGGGGACGAACAAUGUGAUUGUUGUAGCCGUUCGCUGCUCCUUCUGACUCCGACAACCUGGUUUUUACUAGUUCGUACGCGAAAUCUGAACGCUAAAUGGGAAUCGGAAUCGGAACGAGAUCGCCGGUAACGUUCUCUGACUCCCUCUCCCUCACUACUGGAAACCAGUCUAAAGCUUACAGUACUGUAAAAGGCCGCUUAUACAUUUUUGUAAGGGGUUUUAGGAGGGCUUAUAAACGUAGGGUCCUUUAUCCGAGGGGGCUUAUAACGAGAAUAGAAAAAGCGCUUCAAAACAAGCUAUAGAAGUGCUGAUCAAAAUACGUUUUGCGUUUACUGCCACUGGUUUUUAAUUAAGCUUCAAAACGUCAUAAUACGUCAAAUUCAAGAAAAUAAAAGCUGGACGGAAGCUAACAAUCGGGUGUACUUUUUGUUGUUGUUUACAGGUAGAUGGUCCUAUAUUUCGGCGGGUGGGAGGGGUGGAAAGUCGAAAGGCUUCUGCCCUUGCUGGUUAAAGAAAUAGAGGUUGUAAAUCGGGCAGUAUUUGACUAAAUUCAUCAGUUACGGAGUUUUUACUAUCGAAAAGAUUUAACGGCUUAACCAAGUUCAUAACACUGUCUAUACAUAGCCAUAGAAUGAAUCGAGCUUGCUUUUAUUAUAUAUUUGCAGCUUCUCGCUAAACAUCUUCUUCAGUCGUACGAGUGGGAAUUGAUACCGAACCAAGAUCUGACGUACAAAUGGCUUCCUGUUUCACGCCCCAAGAACGACAUACAACUGAUUUUUACAAAGAUUGGAUUAUGA